AUGCCGUCUCGCGGUCUCGCCCCCAUCGUCUGGGAGGAAAUGCUGCUAAAGUGGAAACUGAAUCUCGCAUCUGACGUUGUGGUGCAGGCGUGGCGGAGCUCCAAAUCCGUGGCGGAUAUUGUGGCAACGGGACAUAAAGUCAUCGCAGGGAACUAUGACUUUUGGUACCUCUCCUGCGGCACAGGCCAAUACAUCAACUACGCGCCGUCCGUCAGCGCGCGCUACUGGCCUUUUACAGAUUACUGUGCGCCCUUCAAGAACUGGCGUGUGAUCUACUCGUACGAUCCGCUAGCCGGCGUGCCCUCCGCCCAGCAGCACCUUGUCAUCGGCGGCGAAGCACACAUGUGGUCGCAGCAAGUCGAUCCCAUGAACGUGGACCAGAUGGUGUGGCCGCGCGCCGCCGCCGCCGCAGAGGUGCUGUGGAGCGGCGCCAAAGACGAGCACGGUCGCAACCGUAGUUACUUUGAUGCUGCGCCCCGCCUGAGCGAGAUGAGGGAACGCCUGGUGGCCAGGGGCGUGCGCGAAUGA